AUGGGCAAAUACAAGAUGAGCACCUCCAAACAGGACUUGAUGGGAGAAGGCACAUCCAGUAUUUGCCGCAAGGGCGUUUGUUUGGAGACGGGGCAAGAAGUUGCCAUCAAAGUGUACAAGGCGCCCAAGGACCCUAACAAAGGAGAAGACGUGCGGCUGCAGAAAUUUCGCAGGCAAAUCAGUGUCUUGAACAUGCUCCAAGAGCCCUUUGGGCCUGUGAAAGAUGAGCGUUUGUGGCAUCCGCAACUAGCUUCAACCAAACCCUCCAAGCUCUUUAUGACGCUGCUGGACUACUCCAAAGAUGACAGUGGAACUCCUGCUCCAGAUCCCCAGGACGGUGUGAUGUAUGUGGUGACUGAGUUGGCUCAGUACAGCCUCAAAGACUAUUUGUCCCUUAGAAGAGACCAAGACAAAGGUCUUUCGCGCGGAGCUGUGAAGAAUAUCAGCAAGGCCAUCAUCCUAGUGGUGGCAGGACUUCAUGCCAAGGGGUUGGUUCAUUUGGACUUGAAACCUGAGAACCUGAUGAUGUUCAACGGCCGCUUGAAGCUGAUCGAUGUGGAUGGUUGCGUCCCUGCUGGAAGCGAAAUCUCGAUCCAGGAUUCUUCCAUCUCCUUUUCACCGUGCUACUGCGCGCCUGAAUGGGCUCGAUUUCUGAUUGAGGAGAGCGAGUCAAAGAUCACAGUGAAUCCUCACUUGGACGUGUGGAGCGUCGGCAUGACGGUCUGCGAGCUCGCAACCUUAGAUGCAGUCCUGAAACCGAUGUAUGCGAACUUUCUCCGGAACGGACAUUCGCACAAAGAGGCGGGAUUUCUCUUCAUGGAUUGGUUGGGCAGCAUUUCCAAGGCACCCUUGCCCAAGAGUAUCGAGAGGUUCGAUGAUGGCUUCCAUAAGAUGCUGGUGGGCUCCUUACUGGUCUGCGAUCACACCCACAGGAAGACUUUGGCGCAGUGCCUUUCAGACCCCUACUUGGAGUCCGACAGUCAACGGGCAUCUACCGUGGACCAGACGACUUCGGAAGCCCCUCCUUUACCUGUGAACGAGAAGGUUGACAGAACCACCCGAAAUCGGAUUGAAGACACUUCCAGCAAGGCCCCACAGUUCAAGGGCACCUUGUGGAAAUUGAACAACGAUGGCAACGCACAGGAGCCAGCGCACUGGCUGAAGCGUGAUAUGUGGGUGGCGUUCAAUGGAUCCCUCUGCUAUUUCAGCAUCAAGGAGAACAAACGUUUGGUCCUGGUAGAUGGAUCGCGGCUUACAGGAGCCAAGGUGACGAAAAUCAGCGCGGCAAGGGACAAUGCUUUCAGGUUGGACUGUGCUGCUCACGACGAGCAUGAAAAGGAUAUUAACAUUUGUUUCUCUGCUGAAUCUCCCGACGAGUAUACAAAAUGGACCGGGUUGUUGAUGCACACAGCCAACAUGGAUGGUGCAAUUCAAACAAUGAGAUUGGGCAGAGACGUGGCAGCUGACAUCAAAGAGUUCAGGUUGAGCGUCAAGAACCGCCGCAUGAAGGUUGGCGCCGACAAGAAGCAUCAGUUUGCCCCCAUCUUCCGCGCGAAGUUGUGGAAGGUGAAGGCAGAAGGUGACCGAAGGAAAGCAGAGGAUUGGUUUGAGCGGGAGAUGUGGGUUGCAAAAAAUGGCAGCCUCGUCUACUGGAGCAAAAAAGAGGACCGUGAGCUGGUUUACUACACUCAUGAAGAUAUCCAUAAGGCCACCUUCACUCUGAUUGCCAACGAGGACAGUUACAUCCCCUGGGCUUUUCAGGUCAACCUCCCUCCCAGUGGUGAGGUUCAAUUCGCCCCGGGCGAGUUUGCUGCGGAGACCGAGGCAAUGAGAGAUUGCUGGAUUGAAGAGUUCCGCAAGAUUCAAGGAUGA